UUAUUCCUACGUUACUGUCGAGAUCGGGGAGUUGUCUAUAUAUAUAUACCAAAAAUUAACAGAUUGCGCAUCAUAAUGAUACGUACGUUUUGUCUGAAGGUUAUAUAGCGGAAGUUUUUACAAGCUUUUUAUAAUUUGUUAAUGUCAAGUGUAAAUUACAUAAGAAAAAUGAUUAUUUCACAGUUAGCAUGUCGUUCUAUAUUAUCCAAAAUAAUAAGACAUGCUUAUAGCAAUGGUAAAGAAAAAACUAGAUUUAUGUCUACACAAAGUCCUAAAGUAAAUACCAAAAGUAAUGUUGAAACUGUUCAUGACAUAGGAACUCAUAUGCAUCCUGUUUCUAAUUUCGACAGAAGAAUAUUAGUAUGGGUGAAACGAUAUCCAUCUAUGGCUGAUGUACCUGCACAAGUCACACGUGAUUGUAUACUGCAAGCACGAACCAAAGCUAGAGUACGCACUUGCAACAUUAUGAUAAUAAUCUCAGUAAUAGGAUUUCUGGUUGCUGCUGUAACUGGAAAACGAGAAGUAGCAGUAGGAAAUACAUUGUUUAAAAAAGAUCAGGAAUGGCAAGAAAACUUACGAAAAGAGUACAAAGCAGAGUUAGCAGCUGCAAAUAAAAAGUAAAAAGUGCUUUACUUUUUAUUUAUAGCUAUUAAUUUAAUAAAGAUAUUUAUAUGUUAUAAGAAGCAAUGAAUAUAACAUGUAAUAAUUUGAAUGUUUAUUUCUUGCACGCAGUAUUUUUGAAAUUAUGAAAUAAUAGUACUGAAAAUGAUGUAAUAAUUUCUGAUAGUUUUAAACAAUAGUUAACUGUAUUUAUUAUAUAUGAGUAAAAGCUAUUUUUAUAAAAUAGCUCAAAAAAUAUAUAUGCAUACAAUUAUUUAUAUUGCAAUAUUUUUUGUACAUAGAUACAAUGAAAUAUUACCAUUACCAUAACUACUUUCAUACUUAUACUGUCAUCAUAUAAUUUUAAUUUUCAUGCAAGAAUAUUUUCGAGAUUUAAAUAUAUUUUGUCUAUAGCCAUGUAGUUUUCAUUUGUGCUAAUAAAAAGAAGACACAUUUGUUUUUCUGUUUUUCUUUUUAUAAAAUAUAUUUAAUAAACAGGUAGACCUUCAAUAUAUGCACAUAACAAGAUAGUUGUUGACUCUAAUUAUCUCAUCCUUUAUAAAAAAUUCAUUUGUCGCAAAAACGUACGAUCAUACGAUUUCAGUUAUUGAUAUCCACGAACGUUUAACUAUUUUAUUACCAGCAAGACAAUUUGUAUACUGUAACAGCAAAAAGAAUCCUUCCAUAAUGAUUUUAUUUAAUUCAGUAUCCAUAAAUUACGUACUUUUUUAUUGUUAUAACUAUUACAUACAUACAUUACUUUUUUAAAAUCAUACAUCAUGUGGAAGAAUUCUGUAAAAGAUAUUCUAUGGACUAGUUGGUGGUUUAUAAUAACUGCGACACCUAUCAUGAUAAGCUUGCAUUGUACGAUUUCUCAAAACUUCUUCCACACCAAGUUCUGAUUGCAAUAAGCGUAAAUUAUUCUGUUCUUUUCGUAAACUUUUUAUAAAUAUUGGAUCAUUCCCUUGACUUUCCUUUUGAUUUUUUAAAUAUUUCACUCUUUCUUUAGCAAUGAUUAAACAUUUAUUGAUGGCACUUUCUCUUUGAAUAUGACUAUGCUGAACUUCUUCGUACAAUUCUUUACACUUUGAGGUUGGAUUUACUUCCCCUUUAAAUGAUUCUGUAGGAAGUGUUGUAUUUAACAUGUAUAUGAUUUUGUCAUCGAACUGUCUCAUUUUUCGUAACAUAUCCUGAAAUACAAAAAUUAGAAAAAAAUAUUUCGAGUACAUCGCAGCUCGUAUGUCGAUUAAUAUUUCGUUAUUAUUAGAAUUAGAGUUUAAAACGAUUAAACUAACCUAACACAAACGGACAUUUUAACCUAUCGAAAGCUAGUUAUUUAGAUUGCUGUAAAUUCCAAUAAAUAUUAGUAAUGAUCUUUUGAUAUCUAUCGUUACUUAUAAACUUAAACAACGUUCUAAUUUAUAUUCUUUAUUAAUAAUAAAUAAUUACAUUAUCAGCCGGCGAAAAUUAUACUAAGCAUGGUUCGAAAAUUAUUCGAUCACGUAACCCAAGUUGUUUAAGAUAAACGAGAAAUUAAAAUAAAAUAAUGAUAUCUGAAAGAGGAUAUUUUUCGUUA